CAUCGAUUCCACUGACGGGAGAAAGCUCCAAAUCUAAAACCCUCGUUCUUGGGGUUCCGAAUUCCAAUCUCUUCCACUUCUCCCACCCGCAUUUCACCGGCGAAGGAAGAGAAGCCCAGCUCCGCCGCCGGCUCCCAUUUCGAUCUCUCUCUCGCUGCCAUGGAGGAACGCAGCUACCAGCGCAAACCCGUGGUGAAGAUCCGCGAGAUGAAGGACGACUACAUGAAGUUCGAGCUCCGCAACACCGACGCCUCGGUGGCCAACGCCCUCCGCCGCGUGAUGAUCGCCGAGGUCCCCACCGUCGCCAUCGACCUCGUCGAGAUCGAGGUCAACUCCUCCGUCCUCAACGACGAGUUCAUCGCCCACAGGUUGGGGCUCAUCCCGCUCACCAGCGAGCGGGCCAUGAGCAUGCGAUUCUCCCGCGACUGCGACGCCUGCGACGGCGACGGGCAGUGCGAGUACUGCUCCGUCGAGUUCCACCUGCGGGCCAAGUGCGUGGUGGACCAGACCCUGGAUGUCACCAGCAAGGACUUGCUGAGCUCCGAUCACACCGUGGUUCCCGUCGACUUCAAUGAAAUUGCCGGCGAUGAGACCUCUGAGCAGAAGGGGGUUAUGAUUGUGAAACUGCGCCGUGGACAAGAGCUAAGACUCCGGGCAAUAGCUAGGAAAGGUAUUGGGAAAGAUCAUGCGAAGUGGUCUCCAGCAGCCACCGUGACUUUCAUGUAUGAACCAGAGAUCAAUAUCAAUGAAGAUAUGAUGGCAAGAUUGUCACUUGAAGAUAAGCAGAGUAUAGUAGAGAGCAGCCCUACCAAGGUUUUCGACAUCGAUCCUACUACCCAACAGGUUGUGGUUGUGGAUGCUGAAGCAUAUACUUACGAUGAUGAAGUCAUCAAGAAACUGGAAUCAAUGGGGAAGACAGGGCUUAUCGACAUUAAAGCCAAGGAGGACAGCUUCAUAUUCACGGUUGAGACGACCGGUGCUGUUAAAGCUUCUCAGCUGGUGCUUAAUGCCAUAGAGAUACUCAAACAAAAGCUGGAUGCAGUUCGUUUGUCUGAUGAUACAGUUGAAGCUGACGAUCAGUUUGGUGAACUCGGUGCCCACAUGCGUGGAGGAUAGAUAGAUAGAUAGUCUCUAGCUGGUAAACCCCGUCUUAAUGGGUAUUUAGGAGCACCCCCCUGAACCUGAACGAGCUCGUUAUCGUCUUCCAUUUUUGUCUGCUCACUGUCUGAAUGUUCAUGGUGUUUUUCUGUUCACCUCAUUACACCUCAGAGGUAACGGAUACCACCGAGGUAACUCUUCACUUAAACAAUAUGGAACCUUAUUAACCUUGAACUACCCAUCUGGUUUGCUUUGAUUGUUCUCUUCACCCUGUUGAACUUGAAUUCGAAUCCUACUAAUGAGCUCACCAUAUUCGAGCGUAGAACGACCUUGCUCGGCUAAAUGUAGCAUGGCAUUCAGCCAUCGCGAUCUUGUUGGCAUCUCGGUAUGUCUUGUUCCUCUUGUCAUGGACGACAGAGCACACAUAUAAAAAUAUGUGUAGGAUCGAUGUUGAUUGAAGACAGACGAGUCGACGACGACGCAAAUGCAUACAAAGUCAGUUAGCCC